AAUUAAACUUUUGUGGUUGUGUGGAUCAAGAUCGAAGAGAAAUCCCACCCCACCUCUUCGAAGGCCCCCAAAUCCCAUCUUGACCCAAAUCCCAGCCCCUUCCACUUCUUCUUCCCUGUUGACCCAAACCCCAACCCUUCCCGAUAUUCCAAACCUCACCCCACCUCUUUGGAGGCCCCCAAAUCCCAUCUUAAUAGUGGAGACGAGCUUGACCGGCCGACACUGUAAGUGAUCGAGCGGAGGUGCAGACAGAAAAGACGACGACGAAGAGGGAGAAAGGGCGAUGAGAAGGGUUUUGGGGGGACUCUGCAAAUGGUUAGAGACGAAGAAGUUUGAAGGUUUUGGAAUUCCAGGAUGGCUCAGGGAGCGAGAGUGUACCCUUACCCGCGCGCGUGGGAGCGAGAUGUUCGUGGAGACUGGGAAUUGGAUGAGAGCUCGAUCAAGCAAAAGCUCCGGUCGGUCAAAUAACAUCAGCCACUCAUCCGCCCAAUCAGCGUUAAUGAAUCAAAAGAAACAUUAAGAAUUACGAAAACAAAUCUUAAUCAAAACCCAACACAACAGGAAUCCAACAGGAAUUAAAUUAAAUCCAAUUCAAAACAACAAAACAAAAACAAAUAUAGUAAAGAAAUCCUGGGCUUUUCUUUGAUUAUCCUUUGGAACAUGUGCGACCACAUCAAAAAACGUUGUUGUUUGUUGUUACCUGUACCUCCCCAAAUUCCGAAUCUUUGCGGGUAAUAACACAAAAAGUCCAAGAAAUCUCAAUGGGACAUGAAAAUUUACUGUUCGAUUUCGUCGAAAGUUACAGUCUUUGGGGUUAAUGUUACACUAAACACAAUGGUUGCAAUCAAAGGUUGUUACUUUGUCAAGUUCGUCAAAAGGACUUUUAAUUGGUUUCAAAGUUUUUCUCUUGGGUUUGACCUUUAUGAGGUUUUGAAUGCAUAUUUCUGACGCACCCACCUUAUUUAACAAAUGCGAAUAUUAAUUACUUUUAAAUUUUUAUUAAAAUUUUGGUGACUGUGAGAAUUUUGAUUUUAUUUUUGGUGAAUUAGAUUACGAUAGAUAGAAACAGAUAAAUAAAUUAAUCCUAACAAAAGUUGGGGUUGUUUUUUAAUACGAAUUUCUUUUUGGGGAUUUGGAUUUUACGGGCCUAGGGUUCUCUUUUCAUACUUUACUCGUCUAUUUUGUGCUUUUUUGUGAUUGUAGAAGUUAAAGGACUCACUUGGGUCGUCGGUUCUUCAAAAUUCCUCAUCUGGGUUGUUCGAGUUCUUCAAUUCCCUCAUCUGGGUCGGUGAGAUUUUGUGAUUUUUCCAUUGUUCUUUAUCGGGUUCGUUGAUUCCCCACGUUUUCUCAUCUUGGUCGCGGCUAAUUUUUCUAAUUUCAACAGUUUUUGGGUUGGAAUCGAGGUAUUUUGCCCCAAGUUUGCUUCAAUCAGUAGGCAAAAGUUGGUUAAUUUUGCUCAUAGUUGCCAUUGUAGGUUCUUUCUUCUGAGAUAGGGUUUUGUAUUGUUUUGGGUUCCAGGAUCUUGUUAUGCUGGCUUUCUGGGGAAAUUUUGGUUCUUAGAGUGCUCUGUGAGAGGGAUUUUGAUCCCUCUUAGUAGAUUUGCUUAUGCUUCCUUGAAUGCUAGCUACAAGGUGAAAUUUGAUCAGGUUGGUGUGAUUGGGAUCCAAGCUAUGGUCCAAGUUGUGGCCUGGCUUCAGUGUUAUAGUGUAGGGGAUUUCAAUAGUUUUCGGGUUUUAAAUCUUCUGUGAGGAGCUUGAGCUACUUUGCUUUGCCAACCGUGUGGAAGCCUGCAGGAAAUAAUGUUUCAUUCUCAGGGAGCUAAGCACCCUUGUAGUCUGCUUGUGGUCAAUUGUGCGGAAAUAUCUGAAGAGAAAUGUAGUAAGGACACGGCAGAUGAUAAACUCAGAUACCCAUUUCCGGAGUUGGUUUCCUCAGGGCGUUUGGAGGUUCAAACUCUGACCAAGCCAACCAAAGAGGAGUUAUGUAAAAUGCUUGAGUCAUAUAAGCCGAAUCUUGUAUACCUGCAAGGAGAACAGCUUGGCAAUAAUGAAAUUGGUUCUCUUGUCUGGGAAGAUGUCGACUUGUCGACUCCUGAAGCUAUAUCUGAGAUCUUUGGUGCCACAUUGCCUACAACUGUUUAUUUGGAGGUUCCAUAUGGUGCAACAUUGGCAGCAGCCAUUCACUCAAAGGGGAUUCCUUAUGUGAUAUAUUGGAGAAGUGAAUUUUCUUCCUUUGCUGCUUGCCACUUUCGACAUGCUUUACUUUCAGUGGUACAGAGUUUUGUUGAUUGCAGUUCAUCAACUCAUACAUGGGAUGCUUUCCAACUUGCAUAUGCUUCCUUUAGGCUUUACUGUGUAGAAAACAACCAUCUCGUUCCUGCUAACAUGUAUAAAUCUAGUGCGGAGCUGGGGCCAUGUCUUCUUGGUGACCGUAUAAAAAUCAACGUUGAUCUUCCUGAGGUAGACAUGGAAGAAAAUGAAGAAGGUUCCUUGGGUACUCUCCCUGCUAUAAAGAUACAUGAUGAUGAUGUGACCUUGAGGUUUCUUGUUUGUGGCGAGCCGUCCACAUUGGAUGCAAGCUUAUUAGAACCUUUGGAGGAUGGUCUCAAUGCCCUCUUAAACAUUGAAAUGCGUGGGAGCAAGCUUCAUGGAAAAUUUAGUGCUCCUCCACCGCCUCUUCAGGCUGGGACUUUUUCUCGUGGUGUUGUGACUAUGCGAUGUGAUGUAUCAACUUGUAGUUCUGCGCACAUAUCACUUCUUGUGUCGGGCAGUGCUCAAACUUGCUUUGAUGAUCAGCUCUUAGAGAAUCAUAUAAAGCAUGAAAUUAUCGAAGAGAGUCAACUUGUACGUGCAUUGCCCAAAGAUGACGAAACCAAAGCACCUCUAUCUGAACCACGAAAGUCUGCGUCAAUUGCAUGUGGGGCUACAGUAUUCGAAGUUAACAUGAAGGUUCCUGCAUGGGCUUCACAGGUUUUGAGGCAGCUCGCACCUGAUGUUUCUUAUCACAGUUUAGUUGCACUGGGCAUUGCCAGCAUUCAGGGAUUACCUGUGGCUUCUUUUGAAAAAGAUGAUGCUGAUCGCCUUCUUUUCUUCAGUUCCGGUCCGGGGAAAGAUGGUAAAUCAAACGACUUGAUUCUCAGCAGCCUUCCUACUUGGUUGAGACCACCUCCUCCUAGUAGGAAGAGAUCUCAACCAUGCCAAGAGACAAGCCUGGGUUCUCUUGACAGCCAGGGGCUUCCACGUUUACCUCCUUCUAAAAUUGAUGAAGACAACAGAGUUGCUGGAGCAAUGAAUGGGGUUAGCACAUCUUUACUUCCAGCCAGGCAAAGAUUGAAAAUAGCCGCAAUGAGGCCCAUUCCUCAUGUUCGUCGUCCUAAAAUGACACCCUUUUCUGGAAUGUCUGAGGUAGAUGGGCAUGAAGGAGGUCAAGUCAAGGCUCAUAUGCCUCCUCCUCCUCCACCCACAAAGCUCAGUAUUGUUGGAUUAACUCCUACAACACAACGAAAAUCAUACUCAAGCUCUUCUCAGGCUAAGCAGAUUAUUUCCUUGAAUCCUUUGCCAUUAAAGAAACAUGGUUGUGGUAGAAGCCCAAUACAUUCUUGCUUAGAGGAGGAGUUUUUGAAGGAUGUAAUGCAGUUUCUAAUUCUCCGAGGACAUAAUCGGCUCAUUCCCCAAGGUGGACUCGCUGAGUUUCCAGAUGCCAUUCUCAAUGGAAAGCGUCUUGACCUGUACAACUUAUAUAAAGAGGUGGUUACAAGAGGAGGCUUUCAUGUUGGCAAUGGCAUCAACUGGAAAGGACAAAUCUUCUCAAAAAUGCGCAAUUACACAAUGACCAAUAGAAUGACUGGUGUUGGAAAUACACUUAAACGACACUACGAAACUUACCUUCUAGAAUACGAAUUGGCUCAUGAUGAUGUAGAUGGAGAGUGCUGCUUAUUGUGUCACAGUAGUGCAGCAGGGGAUUGGGUAAACUGUGGAAUAUGCGGUGAGUGGGCUCACUUUGGCUGCGACAGAAGGCAGGGCCUUGGUGCUUUUAAGGAUUAUGCAAAAACAGAUGGACUGGAGUACAUAUGUCCACAUUGCAGCAUCAGCAAUUUCAAGAAGAAACCACAGAAAAUUGCAAAUGGAUUUUCCCAAGGCUCAACUGUAUCACGGCCACUGUAAUUCAAUUUUGCUCCUACAAUAUCAUAAUUAAUAUCAUUUUCCUUUUGGCUCUCUGAUUUGGAGGUUGCUUCCCUCCCCAAUCUGGCACGAGAAGUUGAUUUGUACGGUUGAUUAGGCCUUAAUUGCACGAUGCUAAAAUAGGAGACCAGAGAUGGGGGGAGGACAAAGGUAGAAAACAGCAAGUCUGGUAGAGCAUACUAGUUAGCGUAGGUAUUUCGUUUCGGGUGGGAAAUUUCUGUCCCUUUUUAGCUCUACCAUUUGUGUCAGUCUGUUCCUGUUUCCCCUUUGGGGUUGUUAAGGUUGAUAGUUAAGAAAUCCCAUGAUUCAGAAAGGGUCGUUGUAAUAUAAUGCCGCUAUCUCUGUGAACAUGUACGACUUUAUGUAGCGUUUAAUGAAAGAUUAUGAUUAUACUGACCUAUCAA